CUUCCCUUCGCUCCACAGCCUUGGCCCUGCAUGCUGGCUCUGGGAUUUUUUAAGGCGCAGCCAACAGGCGGGGUUUUUCCUGCCCCUCAGUGGCGGGGUGGACAGCGCAGCCACUGCCUGCCUCGUCUACUCCAUGUGCCACCAGGUCUGCGAGGCUGUGAAGAAUGGAAAUCAGCAAGUUCUGGCUGACGUCCAGACCAUCGUGAACCAGACCAGCUACACCCCUCAGGACCCCCGGGACCUCUGUGGACGCAUCCUGACAACCUGCUACAUGGCCAGUGAGAACUCCUCACAGGAGACGUGCAGCAGGGCCCGAGAGCUGGCCCAGCAGAUUGGAAGCCACCACGUGGGUGUCAGCAUCGACCCAGCCGUGAAAGCCAUGGUGGGCAUCUUCAGCCUGGUGACGGGCAAAAGCCCCCUCCCCGCGGCUCACGGAGGGAGCAGCAGGGAAAACCUGGCUCUGCAGAACGUGCAGGCUCGGGUGAGGAUGGUCAUCGCUUAUCUGUUCGCUCAGCUGAGCCUCUGGUCCCGGGGUGCUCGGGGUGGACUUCUGGUGCUCGGGUCCGCCAACGUGGAUGAGAGCCUCGUCGGCUACCUGACCAAGUACGACUGCUCCAGCGCAGACAUCAACCCCAUCGGGGGGAUCAGCAAGACAGACUUGAGAGCCUUCGUCCAGUUCUGCAUGGAGCGCUUCCAGCUUCCCGCCCUGCAGUGCAUCCUAGCAGCGCCGGCCACCGCAGAGCUGGAGCCCUUGGUCGACGGGCAGGUGUCUCAGACCGACGAGGAGGACAUGGGGAUGACGUACGCAGAGCUCUCCGUCUACGGGAGGCUCAGGAAGUCGGCCAAGGCCGGUCCCUUCAGCAUGUUCUGCAGACUCCUCACCGGGUGGGGCGACACCUACACACCGCGGCAGGUGGCCGACAAAGUGGAGCGAUUUUUCUCAAGGUAUGCCAUGAACAGACACAAGAUGACCACCCUCACACCCGCCUAUCAUGCUGAGAACUACAGCCCCGACGACAACAGGUUCGACCUGCGGCCCUUUCUCUACAACACGGGCUGGUCUUGGCAGUUUCGGUGCAUAGAAGAUCAGGUGAACCGGGCAGCGGUUCUGCAGCUGGAGAGGAGAGCGCAGCAGGACCUGGACGAUGUGGACUGACGUCAGGUCCUGUGGGGGGCUCCUCUCCCACCAGGGCCCCCAUCUCGCAGUGGCCUCACUGGUGGCCUGGAGCAGCUCGUCAACGCCUUGUUGAACAGUGUUUCACGGGAGAGGCAUCUCCCCUUACUAGUUGCCAGCAAAGUGGAAUAAAGAGAACUGAUUCCUGA